AUGUUUAGAGCAGAUGAACUAAAAGGAUUGUAUGCACAAGCUGAGACUUGUGAAUCCAUAAAAGAAUUGGAGAAAAUCAUGAAUAAGGUUUCUCAAAUUCAACCUGGAAAGAAUAAGAGGAAGAUUAUCCCCUAUCAAGCAGCAAAAGAAGAGCCAAAUACAUCAUCCUCCAUGGAUACAGGAGAAUGUGAAAGACAGGCUCCUGUAGAAGGUGGUCAUACCAUAGUGCAAAAUAUUACAAACAAUCCGACCAAGAUCAUUCAAGAAAAAAUAUCAAGCUUCCAAAAGAACAAACUCCUACAGGAAGGAAUGGAGAGCGAAGUUCUCAGAAGUAUAUCUCUACCGAACCUAAAUGGGGACAGUCAGUAUCCGAACGAGGAGUUUAUCUGGAUUUACACCAGGGAAAAAGAUAGGAAAGAGAUGGAAAAUCAGAUCCAAGAGCUACUUGAAAAGAUGUUAAUCAUGUCUUCAAAUAGUCCUCAUCAUGCUCCGGUAUUCUUGGUGAGAAAUCAUGCUGAACAACUGAGAGAAAAAGCUAGGAUGGUAAUUGAUUACAAGGAUGUAAACAAAAAGACCGUUAAAGACGGUCAAAUAGCUCAGGAUAAAAUGCAUCCAGAUUCCAUUGCUGUAACGGCUUUUGGAACUCCUCAAGGCAUUAUGAAUGAUCAAACCCACCGCCACAUCCACCGCUUCUCCAAGCCAUGGCCCAUCCUCCCCUCCUACCUCCCCUGGUCCCCCUCCCAAAACGCACCGUUUCGCUCCUGCGAGGCCUACUUCGGCAACGGCUUCACCCGCCGCGUCGAUCUCCUCGAUCCCGCCAAACACUCCGGUGACCCGCCCAGCUGGUUCCGGUGUCAUUUCAGCGAGACUCUGCGGAGCUCGGUGUGCGAGGGAGGCGGGAUCAGGAUGGUGCCGGAGAGGGUGAGGAUGUCGACUGGCGGCGAGGCUUUGGAGGAUGUGAUUGGGAGAGGGGAGGAGGAGGAGUUGCCGGAGUUUCGAAACGGUGCGUUUGAGGUCGAUGGAGGGGUUGGUGGGGAGGAGAGAGGGCUUGUGAACAGUGAGUUUUUGAACGAGUAUGUGCAGCGUGGUGAGAUUGGGAGACAUACAAUGAGGGAGCUGAUUGGGUCGAUUCGGGUUGUGCCGAGUAGAGAGUUUCAGUGCAGUGAGUGGAUUGAGGAGCCGACACUUUUGGUGACACGGUUUGAGUAUGCAAAUGUUUUCCACACAUUUACAGAUUGGUAUAGCGGUUAUGUAGCUUCCAGAGUCACUGGCUUACCUAGCCGGCCUCAUGUUGUCUUUGUAGACGGCCAUUGUUGGACACAACUGGAAGAGACAUGGAAAGCGUUAUUCUCUAGCCUUAGAUAUGCAAAAAACUUUAGUGGUCCCAUUUGUUUCCGUCAUGCUAUUAUUUCACCUUUGGGAUAUGAGACUGCAUGGUUUAAGGGGCUCACUGAAGAUAUAAACUGUGAGGGAGCUUCUGCACCAGAGCUGUGGCAACACCCUGAUGACAAGAAAACUGCACGGCUGUCUGAGUUUGGAGAAAUGAUUAGAGCUGCUUUUGGAAUUCCAGUGCAUAAGCAGCGUGUUGAGAAGCAAACCUCAGGUCUAAAUAUCCUUUUUGUUCGGCGUGAAGAUUAUCUACCGCAUCCACGUCACGGUGGCAAAGUUGAAUCAAGGUUAAGUAAUGAGCAAGAAGUGUUUGAUGCCUUAAAGAGCUGGUUGUCGAAUCACAAGGAAUGCAAAAUAAACUUUGUGAAUGGAUUGUUUGCACACAUGUCGAUGAAAGAACAAGUCCGGGCCAUUCAAGAUGCUUCUGUUAUUAUUGGUGCUCAUGGUGCAGGUCUCACACAUAUAGUAUCUGCAUCCCCGAAAACCGUGGUUCUGGAGAUUAUUAGCAGCCAAUAUAGACGGCCGCAUUUUGCUUUAAUUGCCCAGUGGAAAGGGUUGGAAUAUCAUGCAAUUAAUCUUCAGGGUUUGUAUGCCUCUCCAUCAGUUGUUAUUGACAACCUUAGCCGUAUACUGAGUACCCUUGGGUGCUGAAAACCAUUUUUGGUGAUGUUCCGCCAUGUCUGUUUCCUCAGGAUAACACUAUUACACGAUAGAUCAAACUUAUCUUAGUCAAGGUAGAUAAGUUAACAGAACUUCUUGGACUGAAUUUCCGUUGGUU